CAGUUGAAGGCGUGAGAACAAGAGACAGAGAAAGAGAGGCACGAUGGUUGAAAUCAGAUGGAUUAAAAUGACUUUAUUUGUGAUACUGCUGCUGCUUCAGUUCACAGCAGCAAGUGGACAAACCCUCUCCUCUGUCACCACAAGAGCUGGAGAUAAUGCCACUUUGUCUUGUAACAAUGUGAUAAAAAAUCAGGACAAAUGUAAAAGUACUACUUUGCUUCACAGUCGUUAUCGUCAUGAAACAGCAAAGGAGCUGGUUAAUCUUGGGAAGAUUAACGACAAUGUGAUUUCCAAAGCUAAAUCCAGUAGACUGAGUUUGACAGCAAACUGUUCUCUGGUUAUAAGAAAUGUCACAACUGAAGAUGCUGGUCGUUACAGCUGCAGACAGUUUAUAUCAGACAAGCAACAAGGUCCAGAUGCUCAGGUGGUUCUGUCUGUGAUUAACAUGGAUGGAACAAAUACCACUGAUACAGUCUCCUUGGUCUGCUCUGUGUUGAUAUACGAUCAGUGUGAACACACAGUAGAGUGGCUGUAUGAGGGUAAUAAGAGUGAUGUGGAGACAUCACAGCGUACCUGUUCAGCCACUGUGACACUUUUGGCUCCUCAUCUUUAUCAGAAAUCAAAGAAUUAUGAGUUACUGAAGUGUAAGGUGACAGAUAAAAAGAGUGGAGAAACCCUGCUGAGUAAUGUCGGUCCCCAGUCCUCAUGUGAGAAAACAGGAAGCACAUCAGUGGGGAAAAACAAUACAUCAUCUGCAAAGAAUGACACUCCAACAAAACCAGAAUGGUGGAUGUGGCUCAUCAUUGUGUUUGCCGGUUUAGCAGCUCUCUUAAUAAUCACUGUGGCGGUCAUCAGAUGGAAGAGAACUAAAGGGAACACAACACAGAUGGAUGAAAGAAUUGGACUGAGCUUAAACCAUGCUGUGACUCCGCCCGGUCCAGAAACCAGUCAUGACAUGGCUGAUCCUGAGGAUGGUGUUUCCUACGCCUCCGUCAGCUACACCAAGAAGACCAACGCUAAAGCACAG